GUUUCGACAGAGUCGUGCCGGUGAUCGCUUCUAUCGACUGAUUCGUCAAUUCGAUACAUCAGGAAUACGUAGUUCGAUAUCGCGUGAAUCGGCGUCGAAAUACCAAUCUUCGAUCGAGUUCGGAUCUCGAAAGUUUCCUUACUUUUUUGUGAAGUUAACAAAGUUUAUUUAAUCAGUGCUUUACGAUAUACUCGUGAUUCUUGGUUUCGUGUCUUCUUAUUAUGCAUUUCAUUUGAGGAGCGUCUUCUAGUCAGAGCGUAUAGCUAGCCUGUGCAGACACGCGGUCAUAGCGUUCUACUCCAGGCAGAUUUUUCGCACGGGCUGCCAGCGUGUACGUACGCACGCGGCUGCUUCGAAGGCAUGUCCAAAGCACGUUUAAACGUCGACUGGAAUAAAGUCCGGUAUGCACCCGGCUGUAACUGUAAUGCAUCUCGCGUCACCUAUGAUCUCGCACCGUUAUGUUACCUUGAAAUAGAUAUUCGUUCUUGAAAGCGGACCGAUGCUUACAUAUACGUUCCGUGGGGAGCGGGAAAAAGCUAGAACAGGCGGAAAAAACGAGAGCGUGGAAGAGAGACGAACGCGCGACGGGAAGCUGGCUCGACAGGAAGCGGCCGUUUCCGGUGUUCGGGACGACAUCCUGAUGAUGAAUCUAUUUCCGAAGGAGAAACAGGCGGGGGCGAGGCUCGUGGCUGACUGGUGGGGGUGUGGAAUCGAGUUUUCGGUGCACGAUCGUAUGAAUGAAAAGUCGAGUCGAAGAGGAAACCAAUCAGCUGGUGCAUCGUGUCUGGUUUCGUUCUACCUCGCUGGCUUUUCUUAAAACGGCGCGUGGGUGCCGUUUUUCUUUCUUUGUAACUCGACGAGUUUUAAUCGGUGGCUCUAGCCAGUCGCGUUACGCGUUGCUGUGUUUCCAUGAAAUCGCGACGAUCGAACGGGUUUAUGAGAACGAUCGCGUUGUUCGUCGUUAGUUCGAUACGCUCUGUUGUGAUUCUCCGCGAAAAGUUGCACAGAGGAUGGGUCGGUAUUUUGGUUUCGGACGCUGUAGCGCGAGAGAAGGCUGGAGAGAAGGGAGAAGGAUGGAGAAACGUGGAAGCAGCUUUGACGUCGCUCGUAGGAUUUGGGCAAAGGGACGGAUUAAAACGAAGGCUAUCACGAUGCGUCUGUUCAAACGACAGUGUUCUGAUACCAGCCCACAGCUAGUUUCGGCUACUCCAUUAUCUCAGGAUGGAACAGCGCCUUUGACAGUGGCAGAGGAAAAUUUCGGUGGAAGUAGUAAAACACUGCACAAGGAAAACGAUGGAUUAGGUCGGAUGUCCAUGAAGGAAGACGAUAGCGAAUCACCGUUCUUGAAACCAUCGUCGACGGAAUCUUGCGCUCCGAAUCGAAAAGGAAUUUCGACAUGGGGCAGAAAAGUAGGUCGAAGGUGGGAUCAGUUAAAGAGAUCGGACAGCUCCGAAUUGCUUUCGGUUUCAGGCCGACGGAGACGAUGGAGCCCGAAUCGAAAAGGCGGUGUAACAGACGAGAAAGAAAACGGUAUCAGUGGUUCAUUUGAAUUACCAAAGCCAAAGAGAAUUUCCAGAGUGGAGUCGUUACGAAAUUUGUUCAAAAGCAGCGAGCGAGGUAGCGGCUUCUUGAACAGCGACGUGUCAGCUAAAAAUGUGACGAUACAAGAGGAGGAUGUUACCUGCAUCAGUCAUUAUCCGAUGGAAAAGGCUUUGAGCGAGGGUGCCAUAAAGAAUGUCUCCUUACGUGGGAGCUUGAACGAUAGUCAAUUAGAUCGCGAAACGAUACUUCGCGAGAAAAAGAAGCAGCUCAGUCGCAGCAUCCAGAACCUCCAGGAGCAACAUCGAGUUUUAGAUUAUAUUUUGAAGAACCAGGAUAUGCUUAAGACUCAAGAGGGAACGACUUUCGCGAGAGAAACGUUGGAAAAAGUCAGAAGCACGAGUCCUAACCGACGAACGAGUCAGACUGCGACGGAUGAUGGCAAGAGCAGUGUUUCCACGCAAACCGCGAGACCUUUCAAUAACCAUCUUAGCAAUAUUAAGAGGAAUCUGUUCAACGUUCGCGCAAGUGGCAGUGAUUGUGACAGUUUCAGAGCCGACAAUCACAAAUCUUACUCAGCGACUGGCCUGGAGGAGCUGAUGAGCAAUUUGCGAUUAGGAUGUGACGAAAGUGGUUACGAUUCCGACAGCACGCGAGCUGGCGCCGAUUCUCCAGACAGUGAGAACUCCGUUCCACCGAUGUUAAAACCCCGUAGUUUCUCCAUAACAUCGGACGAUUACCAUGGCAUCGAUCUAUCGUUACCAGUCAGCACACCGAUAAAACAAGAAGUGACAACGGGAACGGAAGAAAACGAAUCCAGUCCUUCUUGCCUUGAGGAUACCGUCAUCAUGAACAAAAGUUUAUUAAACAAAUCGGUAACGACGAACAUAACCACAGUAGCUUCAGAUGGAGACAGCACGGACAGUUGCGAUGAGGAUACUUUCAUAGGAUUUACGGAAUAUUCUGUGAACUGUACAGUCGGACAAACAAAAUCUAGCACCGUGGCAUCUACGUCAGAAAGAUGCGACGGUGGAACGUCGAAAGUAUCUUUGAGUGGAGAUUUCAAAGAUAAAAGAACAUCCUCGACCAUACCUAUGAGCAACGAACUGUCUAAGAUACCGGAGAGAAAGUUGUUCGCAAACCCGGUACAAACACUGCAAUUGUCGCAAGCGGUGAGGGUGCACAAUUUACAAAAGUCCCAGAUACCGUUAAAGUCUCGGAAGCACAUCGACUCCAGCGUCUUAAGUUUGUUGGAUAACGCGGCAUCUCCGUGCAAGGAUAGUCCACCAGCGACGAAAAUUUGCGCGACACUUGUCAAUAGCCCCCUGCAGUACUAUAGUCCAAAGAGAUCGCGGUCAAACAUGGGACCGGAUGAUCCCGAGGUUGUCCAUUGUAGAAACAAAAUAAAAAAAUCCGAACAAAUAACUAAAGUCGAUCAUGCAACGUCAAUUCCACCAACACCAGCGAAGACCUUGGUCCGUCGAGAGCUAAAGACUAUGAAAUUGUUCGUGGAGAAAUCUGGGAACCUUGGCAUUUCCGUAGAAAGAAAAGAAGCUGUUAGACCUUUCUAUGUGAUUUCAAAGAUGGACGUAAAUGGAGUGGCAGCUAAAUCGAAGCAAUUUCGAAUCGGUGACGAGAUCGUUCGGGUUUGUGGACGUAGGCUGCGUGGGAUGUCGAUCCUCGAAGCUAGAAGCGCGUUAAAAACAUGUUCGGGAACCGUGGAAUUGCAGAUAGCCAGAGAACCGGCUUUCGCUUUCGGUGAAGAGCUAGGUGACACGUGGGGCGACAUUCUUGUACGCACUCGAAGCGACUCCGAGGUGUGGAUUCUGAAACAAGAAAAAAUGAAUGAAAAAAUGAAAGUUGAUGUUUCCGAUUCCAUAAAUGUACGACAAGAAACCCCUUCUCAGUGUAAAAUAACCGGUGCUCUGACGAAGGAUGGUACGAACUUAUCCGCGAGUUCUAUGGAACGAACGAAAAGCGAAAGUGAAGCAAUUGUGAGAAAAGAACCUAGCGAAAAGAUGACUGGCAUGAGAAAAUUUCAGGUAGUGCGAAAGCGAGCUGUCAUUCCGGUUUCCUGUUCCCGUAGGGCGACUAGUUUGUCCAUGAAUUUGUUGACCAUCACCUUGGAAAAGGGUGCUCCGAAGAAAUUAGGCUUUUCUAUAGUAGGUGGAUCUGAUAGUAACAAAGGAUCCAUGGGUAUCUUCGUGAAGGAUAUCAUGGCUGGUGGCCAGGCGGCCGAAGAAGGAACUCUGAGAAUCGGAGACGAGAUUUUAGCGAUCAAUGGAAUAUCGAUGGACGGAUUGACGCAUGCGAAAGCGUUGCAAAGCUUCAAGGCUGCCAAAGCUGGGAAAAUGAUUCUUCACGUGGGUCGUAGAGACCCCACGCAUAAACGAUACAUCAUUCAGUCGAAGUCGUACGAUUGCCUGGAUAGACUAACGGAAACUGGAGACGAAUAAGGAAUUCGAAAAAUCGAUCACGGACAAUCAUCAAAAUCACAUUAUAUCUCAUUUUUUUAAAUGAAAUCCAUCGAAGAUUGAAGUAUUACUAUCUUUUCUCGUUUUUGCAAGUAAAAAGACGAUGUAUAUAUUUCAUGUACGAUAAAGCACGUUCUUACGAUUCCUCGCCAUUGUAAUAUAGAUUAGUAACUGUCACAUUUCAUUUUCGACGAGUUUGAUAUAAACAAUCGAUGUAUUUUCUUUUACGAAAAUUUACAUACCAGUGAUCGAUUUGUAAUCAACAUGGCAAUUCUCUUCUCAUGUAUUCGUUAUUCUUAUGCAAAUGAACUCGUUUUCUUAAGAUGAUUAUUGUGAUAUUGGUUGACUAUUACUAACUUUUGUUUUAGUCUAACGAGAUCCAUUAAUUUUUUUUAUUUGACAAACAAUUGAUUUAUAAACGUUGUUUCUACUAUGAUAAGUCUACAUAAAUUAUUUAAACAAUCAAAUUCGUUGCAAUAUAUAGUAAGUUAAGUAGUAAAGUGAAGAGUAAGAAACGUACGCGUUGAUCUUUGUUAUCGGUUCGUGUCAAAAUUAUAGUUCGGAAUUAUACUCGACUUUUAUAAAAAAAAAUUGAUCCAUUUAAAUGCGCCUUCGUUUAUGAUAUCACAAUCAUGAAGAUCAAUGAUGAUUAUAACCAUAACUGUAACAGAUCACUAUACAUAGUCAUAUCCUGUUAGAUAUAGUACGCUAACACUUCGGAUCAUGGCUGUUCAAUUUAUUUGUCAGUGUAGCGCGGAUUUCACCUAUGUUUUGUUUAAAAAACACAUGUUUGUUUAAUACGAGCUAUACGCAAGUUCGAGUGGAGAUUUAUUUACUGGGAUGAGUACUCAUCAUUUACUUACUACUCAAUUAUGUCGUAAGCGUAGUAUUUAGUUGGUUAAUAAUGUUAAGCUACUGACUGACAUCUAGAAUGUCUACCUGAGAAAAAUGCUGUGAUAUUCAUUGUAGUCGUAUUAGCUGCUAUCGUACAAACUGUAUUUAAAAUAAAUCUGGUUUUGUUGAUAAAUGAA